GCUCGGGCGCUGCGGUUCCGCUCACGUGUCCCGCGCGGGUCAGGUGACGCGCUCCCGGCCGGCCCGCUCGCUCCGCUCCGUCCCGCGCCGCUGCCGCCAUGACGGGGCUCGCGUUGCUCUACUCGGGGCUCGGCCUCGCCUUCUGGACCACGCUGCUGGGCGUCGGGAUCUGCUACACAAUAUUUGACCUGGGGUUCCGCUUUGAUGUGGCCUGGUUCCUGACGGAGACCUCACCCUUCAUGUGGUCCAACCUGGGCAUUGGCCUGGCCAUCUCCCUAUCCGUGGUGGGAGCUGCCUGGGGGAUUUACAUCACAGGCUCCAGCAUCAUCGGUGGUGGAGUCAAAGCCCCUCGGAUCAAAACCAAGAACCUGGUCAGCAUCAUUUUCUGCGAGGCUGUGGCCAUUUACGGGAUCAUCAUGGCAAUCGUCAUCAGUAACAUGGCUGAGCCUUUCUCUGCAGUCACUCCAGAGACGAUUGGAGCCAGGAACUACCACGCAGGUUUUUCCAUGUUUGGGGCUGGCCUGACCGUGGGGUUAUGCAAUCUCUUCUGUGGGGUCUGUGUGGGCAUCGUGGGCAGCGGGGCUGCCUUGGCUGAUGCCCAGAACGCCAGCCUCUUUGUCAAGAUCCUGAUUGUGGAGAUCUUUGGCAGUGCCAUAGGGCUGUUUGGGGUCAUCGUUGCUAUCCUGCAGACAUCUAAAGUAAAAAUGGGCAACUGAGCCCUGUCGCACCCAGCCUGUUCCAGCCUGCCCCAAGAGGUGCUGUAUAUACUUAUUUAAUGUUUCUAGCCUUGAUUGGGGCGGGAGCUGCCCGGCGGCGGGAGUGCGGCUGUGUAGAGCCCAGUCCUGCAGAUCAGUCGGCCCCUCAGAAGAAACAAAUUUGUGUGAAUUCUGCCCCCAGCAGCCUGGGCCAGCCCGCGGGGCCCUGCUGCUGCUGCGUGUUCCCGGUGUGUGUAAAAUCAACCACCAGUGCAAUUCUGUGUCCGUGAAAUAAAUAUGGUUCUCGUCCAA